AUGGCCAAAGCCUAUGAUAGAAUGGAGUGGCCGUAUCUAGAAGGAAUGCUGGCUGCUUUUGGUUUCGAUCAGAACUGGAUUAAUCUUUUGAUGCUGUGUGUUUCUACGGUCAGGUAUUCCAUACAGGCAGAGGGGAGUGGCAGUAUUCACGGCGUACGAAUUGCACGAAGGGCCCCUCCGGUGUCCCAUCUUUUUUUCGCAGACGAUAGUCUGCUCUUUUUCCGGGCUUCGUGUGAGGAGGCGCAAUCGGUAAAGGAUUGUCUAGAUCGCUACAGCUCAGUCUCAGGACAGUUGAUCAACUACGAUAAGUCAAGUGCCAUGUUCAGUGCGAACACAAAAGCGGAUGUGAGAGCGCAGGUGUCUGCGUGUAUAGGCGUUCGGGAAACGACAGAUUUCGGCAAGUAUCUUGGUUUGCCGUCGGUCCUUGGCCGUAAUAAAUCCGCCACUUUUCAGUAUAUAGAAGAUACUGUCCGGGCAACGCUAAGCUCAUGGCAACAUCGCUUACUCUCCAAAGCAGGUAAAGAAAUAAUGCUAAAAAGCGUUGCACAGGCCCUCCCUAUAUUUACUAUGUCUGUUUUCUUGCUGCCAGUACGGCUUUGUGACAGAUUGGAAAAAUUGUUUAAUCGUUACUGGUGGGGUGGAGGCAAAUCAAAUAAUAAAGGAGUGCAUUGGAUGAGUUGGAGACGAUUGAGCAUCCCGAAGUAUCACGGUGGGCUAGGAUUUCGAAAACUACAUGAGUUCAACGUCGCUUUGUUAGCUAAACAAGGAUGGAGAUUACUGACGACACCGCAGUCACUGGUUAGUCAACUACUUAAAGCUAAAUAUUGCCCGAAUUGUGAUUUUACUGAUGCCGUGCUGGGCAAUAACCCGAGUUACAUGUGGCGUAGCAUCUUGGCGGGUCAACAUGUUUUGAAGGCAGGUUUGGCUCGCCGAAUUGGGAAUGGCAGGAACACGAAAAUUUGGGAUUGGCCUUGGUUGGCCGAUCGCAUUAACACUGCUCUUAAUACUGUGCCAUUGGAUCACUUGCGAGAAGAGAGAGUCAGCGGGUUGUUGAACGAGGAUGGGCAGUGGGAUGUCGAACUGAUUCGGGACCUGUUUGAUGCCGAUGAUGUGCGCAGAAUCCUAGCUACUCCAACGGCCGUCCACGUACCAGAUUCGUGGCGCUGGGUGGGGGAUACUCGUGGGCUCUAUUCGGUAAAACAUGGGUACAAAUUAUUGACGUCACAGACUACGUCGAACAGCAAUCCUGAAGUUUUUGACGCAUGGGAUAAGUUAUGGAAAUUGCCAGUUCCCCCCAAGGUCUGGGUGAACGAUGAAAGUUGGCAGGGAGAGACGAUUCAGACGUUCAUUGCUUUGAAAAUUAAGGAUGCGCAUGAAGAGAUGGUGGUCCGUAUGGCGGCAGUAAUCUGGUCGUGGAAGGAGGUUUACAAGCGGGAACACACUACUGGCGUUUUACGUGAUGAAGGUGCAUCCUGGGAUCCCCCUCCACUGUUCUGGUUAAAGUGCAACGUUGAUGCUACACUCACGACGUCAGGUGCGGGUUUCGGGGCUGUGCUUCGGGAUCAUAUUGGACGUUUCGUGGCGGCAAGGAAUGGUCGUCUAACCUGUGAUCGUGAUCCGCUAAUGGCAGAGGCAUGUGCAGUUAGAGAGGCGUUACUGUGGCUUCGUAAUAAUGGUCGUAAUCACGUGAUUAUUGAAUCAGACUGUUUAGUUUUUUGUAAUGCGUUCAAUUCUUCUAAGUUAGAUUUAUCUUGUGUAGGUUUAGUAGUGAAGCAAUGUACACAAAUUGCUAGGGACAUUGGGGACGUUGCUGUCCGCCAUGUCAGGAGAUCAGCGAAUCGUGUGGCUCAUGCCCUUCCACGGGUAACCGAUUCUAUGACUGACUCGGAAUCGUGGUCUGAUGUACCACCUGAUUGUAUUUCUGGCCUUUUGGCUUAG